CUAGGUAUGUUAGGCGCUAGCAAGCUGCGCUGAUCUCGUCAUCCGUCAACUCAUUCCCGGCUAUACAGACAUCGCCUAAUACCACUUUUUAUUCAUGCGCAUCAUUUCGUCCGUCUAUCCAACUAUUGCCUACCUAUAUCCCAUGUCAAAUACCUCUAUGCGUCGCCUAGUUGCACCUCCAAUUCCAGUAUACCAAGAGUCCCAUAGCCACCAGUCUGGCAGGAUUCUGCGCCCACUCAUUGCCAGCCAAGACGAUGCCGUCCUAUUCCGCCAUCAGGAACCAGGAAUCCCCAACAGUAUGAUGUUAUGUGCGUCAACCAAGACGGCGUGCCAUACCUCGCCUCAUCGCCUGUCCUUUCCUCGCCAUGAUCCCUGCCGAUGUCGAAUACCCUGCCCGCCCCCAACAAAGAGUCGCCAGAACUGAUUUGAAGCUGGCAACCAUCCCGGGGCCCUCACCUGAGUUACAUAUUCGUACCAGGAUAUAUAUUCCAUCCCAAUAACCGGCGCCGAUCACCCCACCGGGGCAGCCCUCGAACCCUGUCGAUAGCACGGGAUGAUAACCCACAUGCGGUCCCAGCCACCCCGAUUUCGUAAUCUUCUAGAA